AUGGCUCCGGCCCCGGUCUCCCGUCGCCUCAAGGCCUCUUCGGGGAACUCGGGCCUCUCGGAUCCCCUCCCCGGAGCUCGCCAGUCCCCCAGCUCGGCUACACACGGGCGUCCACCGUCCCGGCCCGCAGCCUGCAGGCCCGUCACCAGGCAACAGUCACCAGCUCCAAGGGCCUUGGGAGGCCUACCCCGGGUGCGGGUCCUUCCCCGUACCCUCCUUGCUGGCCUUGAGAGCCCAGAUGGGAGUGUGGCAGGUGAAGGAGAUCGCCCUGUGGGCGGUGCUGGGGCUCGUUUCCCCCGCCCCCCCAAACGCUUCCUGGCUGCCCCUGCUCAGCCUCAGAGCCUUGCCGCGGCCGCCGGCUUACUCCAUAGCCUUCUCCACCCGCGCGGCCUCAAAGGCUGGAGCCGGAGGAGGGAAGGGGGAGGGGAGGGGAGGGACUGGGGAGGAAGAGUACGGGAGGGGGAAGAAGACCGAAAGACCGGCCGGCCAGGGCAUGACGUCACUUCCGUCAGGCUUGGAGGGGCGGGGCCUACGCUCCCUGGGCCCCGCCCACCGAGUGCCAGGUGGGGGCGGUGUUACGAGCUAGGGGAGGAACCCGAGCGCUAGCUGACGGCGGUCCUUUUGACUCCGCGAUUCCGUAGCCUUGGCAGCCGGAGUAGGCUUCCGGGGCCAGGACCGAGCGAGCAGAGUUUCGUUAGCCCUAAAGGUGGCUUCUGCCGGAAAAGGAGGACAGAUCAACUGGCAGAUAAAUCAAUUAGUUUUAUUCAGCUGCUUGCCCUAGAUCUCUUUCAUGAAGGGCUUGCCAUUGGUCAAAAAAGGCAAAAAGAAAAAGAAAAGAGCCUCAUGAAGCCACAGGAUGCUCUAGUCCUUUCAAGCUACUCAGCUAUGGGAUGAUAUUAUUCACUCCCUUCAGACUCAGGUGGAAAUAAAAAAAGAAGCAUCAUUGACAAACAUACAAGGACUGUUUUACUGGCUCUGAUGCUGUUGGUGUAGCAUCAAGUCAUCUUAUGCAAAACAUGUGCUUAAGUAAUAAUGACACCUCUCCUCUUAAAGGAGUUUGUCUUUGCCAAGUUCUAACGAAUCAUCAAGUACUUGAACCAGUAGGAAUGAAGCUACUGAAAAAUGAAAAGGAACUCUAAUUUGAAGAUUAAAACAGUAGUCCCAACAAGUUUCUAGGCAAUAAAUCAUCAUAUAUAUAUAUAUAUAUAUAUAUAUAUUUUUGCAAAAGAAAAAAGCAUGCUGGGAAUGGGUUAACUGAUGAAAUAAGAGCAAAGAAAUAUUUAAGGUUAGUGUUAACCAAAAUACUAUAAUAUAUUGUAUUUAGACUCUGACAGAACAGUCUUCAUUGAGCUAAACUUAAAUGUUAUACUUUCCAUUUUAUUCAGAAGCCAGUAAAAGAAAAGCUGUGUAGAAAUUAAUCUAUGUCCAUGUCUGCUCUAAAACUGCUGUGGAAGACAUUACCACAUAAUUUUUUUCAGAAUUUAUAGAAGGAAAAACUUUUACCUUCUUUAUGAAUUGUAUGCUUUAUAAUUUUGAAACAUGACUUAGCCAAAGUAAAAAGAGCCAACAGUAUGUGGGAACUCAGAACAAAAGUUUUCUAUUCAAUCAUUGCAAAAAUGUUAACUUUACAUUUAGCAUAUAUUCUUUCUCUUUAUUUACAACCCUACUUGGUCCUCUUUUGGUGAUAUCCUAUUAUCUAAUAAAUGUAUUACUUGUGUUUUUUAUUGUUAUCCCCA